GCAGAGUGGCAAAAUCGACGAUUGUUUCGCCGUUCUCUUUCUCACGCCUCGAAGCGACGGGGCCCGCCAACUGCUGAAGCUCCUCACUUCUGUCGAGUAGCGACGUAUCAGCCCGUGAAAUUGGAGAACGCUUCCUUUUUAAGAUCGCAGGAGCAGAUCCUUGUGCUUGCAGAACGUAUUUCGCGUAUCGUCCUCUCUCUGCGUUUCACGUCCCCUCUCGCUUUGUGGCCUCGCAACGCCUCGCGCUGCGUUUCUCCUUUGCAUGUGCUCGCUGGUCUUGCAAGCUCUUCAGAUUCAUUGGCGGAUACCGACUUUUUUGACUGGCGCAUGCAUUCGUUCACGCUGGAACUCAGACAGAGAAAGAGCGAAUGCUGGUUUGAGGAAGCGGCAAGAUGCACUGCGAUGUACACAGCACCCUUUUAGACCGACACAGAUGUAUGGAAGCCAUGCGAGACUUUCGGCCAGGUUGUUCGUCUCAUCUUCCUCUUCUGGAUGGAACACCAAGGGAACUGGAUUUUUAUGUUUAAGAAAAAGUGGCUGAGGGACGUUUCCACGGCCCUCAGGAUUUUUCGUCUUCACAUUCGUCAUUCAUGAAUUUCCACGCGGUUCCCUUUCCUGGGCGCGCGACAGAGUCAUCUUUUGUCCGUUGCCUACUCGUCUUUGUUUGAUCCCUGCUUCCUCGGUUGUUCAACCUGCCAGUAAACUGACGUCCCCACCUCUCGUCUCCGUCUUUCCUAGAUGUAAUUUCAUUCCUCUGUCCUCUCCGUCGUUUCACCGUCUGUCGACUUCUUCAGCUUCCCCGUCUUCUUCUCACAUGCUCUCGCCCUCUACCUUCUGUACUUUCCUGUGACUGUUCUGUCUCCGCCUUUGCCGCCAGAGGCUUGUCGUUUCGUUCCCCCUCUCGUCGGGUCCUCCGGAGAAGUAUCUCCCCUGACUGUGUGACAGUGUCUUUGACUCUGUUUGUCUCCGCGCUUUGUCUGCUGCCUCCUCGUCGUCUCCUUCGGAAAAUGAAGGACACAGAGAUCCCCUCGUCUUCGUCUGCAGGCCCGCACCCGUCUGUCUCUGCUUCUGGACUUUUGAUUCACUCGAAUUUGCCCGACAUUCGCCUUGAGCGCUUCUACUGCUUCCGUUCGAGUCUCCAGCGACUUCAGUAUGCCGGCUCUCAGCUUCCACCUUCUUCCUCGCCCUGUCGAAACUGCGAGAAGAAGAGGGUGAAGUGCAUCUGUGAAAGCGUUGCGACCCAAGUUGGCCAGAUGCCUGCUUUUUCUUUGCCGGAAGCAGAGAAAGUUCGAACACAACUCGACCAAGUUCGACAACGUCUCAGUUCGAUAGAAAUCGCAGAGUGGAAGCGCCACACAAAUGCCACAGAUGUGAUGAAGCGGGUCCUCCCCACGAUCCGAGAAAAGGUCAAAGACAGCAUGGGGUUUGCGCCAGAACUGGUGAUCAAUUCGUGGGCGAAAUUGUACGAAAUUUUGGCUCAGACCCCAGCGCUGCCGCCUCUCCCGUCCUGUCUUUCGUCUCAAGGCUUUCUCGACUCUCACGGCGCCCGGACGCCUGCAGGUCCCUGCAUCAAAAGUGUGCAUCUCUGUGAAUGCCCUGGAGGCUUCAUUGCUGCCACAAAUCAUUUCAUCAAAACCAAAACAAAGGGCGCACUUGGCCAUUUGUGGCGCGCGGUCUCGCUGUCACCGUACCAUGAGGGAGGGAAUCCCUCCGAAUUGCUCGACGACGAUGUGCUGUACAGACAGACCGAGGACCUCUGGCUCACAGGCUACGACGAGACUGGAGACAUUGUGAAGAAGCGAAACAUCGAAUUCAUUUGGAAUCACACAUCCAGGGAGCCUAGGACUCGAGACAACCCUGCGCCCUUCGGUCUGGCGGAUCUUGUGACAGCCGACGGUUCCUUUGACGUUCAAUUUGCUCCACACCUGCAAGAGGAGCUGACGGCGCCUCUGGUAUUCGCCGAGGUCGUUUGCAUGCUGGGCCUUUUGAAUAUAAGAGGCACUGGCAUUGUCAAGAUGUACGGUCUUCUCUCUCACCAGUCGAUCUCCAUUCUCGCCAUCUUAAGCAUGUGUUUCAACCACGUGGUUCUGGCCAAGCCUUCUAUGAGCCGUCCGGGGAACUCGGAGCUUUACGCGGUUUGCCUCGAGUUUGUCGGCAUCCGUUCGUCCUUUUUGUCUGUUCUCUCGCGGCUGGUCGACUCCGUCCAAGACGUUCUCGGAAAGCAAGGAAAAACGAUCAUCCCCAAGAACUGGCUGCCAGAGGAAUUUCUUCAAGAAUGCGUCGAAGGUGCCCGGUUCUUCGCGUCUCACCAGAUUCAACAGAUCGACCGAAAUCUAGGACUCUUUCGGCAGCUGGACCAGGCGGCGCUGCAGCGGUGCUUGCAAAGGCAGCGCGAGAAGGCGACCGAGUUCCUUCGCAGAAACAAGAUCGAGCCGAUAAACUUCCAAGACCGCAUCGUCAAGGAUGUGCAUUUCAUGACGGAUUGGGCGAAGAACCCCUUCACAAAUUCGACGAGAAGAGCCACGAGACGCAGGGUGCAGGGAACUCUGGCAGACCGCGAACGGGGUCACGCUCUCUUUGAGGCUCUGCACAGUGCACGAAGACGCCAGUGGGAAGCUGCGGCUCGGCGGAUAGACGGAGACUCUGGCGGCGAGCGACGAGGCCGGACAGGCGGGAGACUGAUUCCUUUUGUCAAGCCUGAGGCAGCAGUGGAGGCCGUCUGCGCGUUCGUCGAGGCGCAGCGGAGAAGCGCGGAAGAGACCGCUCAGAAUGGAGAGGGCGCUGUGGAGAGGACCGACUCCCUCGCAGAGUAUCUGGAGCUUCUGCCGCGCUCGGGGGACCAAAACGACGGAGAGGAACCCCAGGGAGAACGCGAUUCCUCAACUCCAGGCGUCGUGGUUUCAAAGCGCCUGCCGUUUUGGUUGAAUCAUUUCGGCCGGCACUUGAAGCCUCGUCGCUCUGUUUCCUCGAAAUCUAGGGGCGACAGCGACACUCGCAAUUCCGGCAGCGACCUGCUUUCCUUCUUCGCCGGCAUCUCUGGACACAGCCAAGCUUCAGACGAGUGUGCGUCUGCCUCAGCGGAGGCUCCAGGCGCUGAGGAUCCAGACGCAGAGCGCGAAGAAGCAGAGCAUGAAGAAGAAGAGGGAGAAGAAGAGAAGGAGCAACGUGAAAGGUGGACCAAGGAGUUGAGCAAAGGACUCCAUCGGAAGGACUACUUGCGAUCAAAAAGUCGAUGGAUCACACCUGCUCUGGCCAUACGACCCUUCGCGGUCCGUCUCUCCCGAUUUGCAGACGACCAAUUCAUGGCGUUGCUGAUGGAGAAGCGGCUCCGUCUCCCCUUUGUUCUGCCCUAUCUGCCUUCGGACUACUUGGUCUCCGAGGGAGAUCACUCGCCGCCCUCUCCAGUCGCGGCCAGAUGCCUCUCGCUUCCCUCCAGUUUCACCGUCGAUCUGGCCCUCGCGCUGCUGCGUCUCUGCCCCGCCUCGCCGUCGUCUGUGGCCUCCGAGAGGGCAGCGUUGCCGGGCAGACAGCAGCGCCUCGACGCCUGGCGCGGGAGACUGGCGCAGCGAUACCCUUCGGGGUAUCUGGAGUUGUCUUCGCUGCCGGAGACAGAAGGCGACGCUCUGCACAGUGGAGACCGCGAGGCGGGAGAGCGACAAGGCGCAGGUGUGCUCCAGGACCUCUUUCUCCGCGCAGAGGUGCAGCUUCGAGGGUCUCUCCUCCUCAACGGCGUCUCCUCCCGCGAUGACGGCGAGGCCGAGGCCGACAGCCGCGGCGGAAGUUCGAGCGGGGAUCCGCCGCCUUUCUUCGACGAUUUCUCAGAUUGGGGCGUCGAUGCAGAGACGGACGGGAGACAGCGCAGAUGCGAGGCCGCAGUGGGGAAACAAACAGGAGAAAAAGGAGUGUCGCAUCUUGAUCUCCUCGGUGAAUUUGAAAGGGGAACAAAGAGUGCAGAACUCAUUCAGAAAUUCACAUCGAAGUGUCUGAGCGCAGUUGGCCUCGUCUACGCCGACGUCACUCGCCUCGAACAGACGGACUCUCAACAUGCAUCCCAGAGGCAGACUUCGUUUCCUCUUUCUCCUUCGUCGCCUUCUUCUUUCUUUGAGCUGCGUGAGGGCUGUGAGGUCGAGCGAGCCUUCAUGGAGAUCGCGGAGGCGGAAAUGAGAAGUGGAGUCCUUCUCGUUGGCCAGCUGCUCGAGGCCAUGACUGUCCUGGAGUCGAACGGAGACCUGAUUCUUCGGCUUCACUCAGUGUACAUGCGUUUCACAGCGAGUCUCCUUCUGCUGCUCUCCAGCGCCUUCUCCAACGCAGCGUUCUUUGCUCCAGCGUCGCUGCCCUCGUGGCGCAACCAGCGCUUCUUUCUGGGCUACUCCUUGAGACCUAUCGAGGCCGGAGAGACCAAGAAGAUUCUCGGCGCAGUCUGGGAUGCGCUUGUGGACCUGCAGUCGAAGCGCAAUCGGGAAGAAGACGAGAGACAGAGCCGCGAGGGAUCCGCAGGUGCAAACGGCAGAAAUGCGAGGAACGACGACGCACCGGCGUGGACCGUCUCUCAGUGUCUGCCCUCCAAACUCUUCACGAGCCUGGUGCCAUCCACAUGGCUGUGCCAGUGGAACGACUUUUUCCUGCUUGCGCAAAUUCGCGACGUGGACCGGCGCCUCAAAUUGUUUACCGCGGCGCGGCGUGUGCUCUCCGAAAAGGAUUGCCCGUCUCCGAGCCUGUCGACUGCUGCGCGCUGUUCGGAGGCGAACGAGGACGCAGAAGAACGCAUGCAGAAGCGGAGGCGGUGCGACGAAAUGGCGCCUGUCAUGCAAGCAAGCAAGCAGCAGACGCCGGAGACAGAGAAGACUUCCGAGAUGCGCAGGGCAGCGCCGGAUGAGAAGGGCGCUUUAGAGGAACAAAUCGCUUCUGCGUUGUUUCUUCGCACGCGAGAAAAACGCGAAAAAAUCGUCGUGCGAUUCUUGGAGAAACUCGGUGUUGGUGAUUUCCUCCUCCCGGAAGCCUCGCCGUUCCGGCAGCUGCUCUCCCGGCCGGCCUCUCAGAAGACACAGCGCCACACACCCGACGCGGAGGCCGCGCAAAGCGAAACAACGAAGAUCGCGGAAGAACCGCAGAAGAAGGCUUCUAAGCCAUGGGAACAUCUCUUGACGGAGGCCGCAGAGAGCGCCGACCGUGCAUGGGGAAAUGUGAAAUUCCUUUCGCUCGAGAGCAUUUGUCAGGCGGCUGUCGGCGAGGGUCUCCAACGCGAGAACGAAGCGUCUUUCUGGCGCAGUGCAUAAACCAGUAGUGUUGUGCGAAUUCCAGAAAGCCGUUUGGCCUCUCGUGACACCGCAGAGAAACUGGAAAGUCGUUGAAGGGGAUACGCCCUUCGCUCGAUUGGCCUUGCCCCGUGAGCGCCUCCCACAGGGAGGUCAAAGAGGUCGAGGCAAACGGCGACUCGAAAAGAAACGCGACAUCACCCUUUGAUAAAGGCGAAGAAGGAGAGGCGACGCAGGUCUCGCUCGCGGAUCACUCGGACAGAGACACUGCUGUCGAGCCUCUUUUUCUACGUCGACUUUUGAGGGUCCUAGAAUUCGCAGGUGUGAUAUCAGACAGGAUUUUCUCAGUGCGUUUCUCAGAGAAUACAUGCACUUCAGUUGUCUUCACCCAUGUCACGAGAAUGGGGAAAGUCGCUUCGAGGAAACAGAAGACUGCGUUUUUCUUCGAUGCGUUCGCUUUUGCUCUGGCCGAGUUCCGCCAACCUUGCGUUUGUGUACUCGGAAGCGAAGACGAGCACUCAGCUCUCCAACAGAGAGAAGGGGAAAAACGCGACCGACAUCGCAGGCGUCGCCUCUCUGGAAGUUCUGCUGAAAAACGAAAACCUCCAGAGGCUUUCUCAGAUUCCGGUUGCCCUUCUUCUCAGUCGUUCUCGUCUUUCGAAGUAUAUCUCUACGUCUAUCUGCCUUCGGUCGCGUAUUUCAAAGUCUGUGUCUCUACAUCUAUCUGCCUUCGGUCGCGUAUUUCAAAGUCUGUGUCUCUACGUCUAUCUGCCUUCGUCCCAGUUUAAAUUCUUCUCGAAUCGUUCUUUCUUCGCCUUUUCUAGUUUCUCUUCUUCUUUUCGGGAACCUGGGGAGGAGGCAGGCAUGUUGGCUUGAGCUGUGUUGGAACGCGUUUAUCAGUUCGCUCCUCUGGUGGCACUCUCCAGUGAACUGCAUAACUUUGACCGGGUGCAACGCUUUCAUAAAUGCAUCCACCAUUUAUUUCUAACUUUUCUGGAAGCCGCUUUCGAGCCUCAGAGCCAGCCGUCCGCCGUCACAGGGCCUCCUCGAGGCGUCCAGACUGCUACGAUAAAAAAGCGAACGCAUGCGCUUCCCUGUCGAGAAAUUUACGCAUGUGUAUAUGCGCACACAAAUAUAAACAGCUGCUCCAAAGCACACAUACCUGCACGCGUAUAUCCGUAAACAGAAACCAGAGAAGAAAAAAGAUAAGCGCGGCUGACAAGGCGUCUUGCGACAGAACAUGACACAUAGAACAUCAGACUGUUUCGAUAAAAGAAGAGACAAAAUACCAAAGAAUAAGUG